UUGACAUAUUCAUUUAAAAAAUCAAACAUUAUUACCAAUGUGGAGAAUAUAUUCCACUUUAAUAACAUUUACAAUAUUAUUGUUUAUUGCUCAAUGCAGACCUCUCAAAGGUCCCCCAGAACCCGUUCAAAAAAAUAAUAAUAAAUUAGCUCUCAACAAACUCAAAGAAGCCAUUGAUAGUCUUAAAGGUAAAACUGUUGAAGAAAAAAAUGAAAAAACUUUAGCCAAAGCUGACGAUGAAGACUACGAUAGUUUAGAUGACAUUCAGUAUGAAAAGGAUGAAGAGUCACUUAAUCCAAUCGUAAGAGGAAAGAAAAAUAUUAAACAAUGGGAUCGUUGGGGUAAAUGGUCUGCGUGCAGCGUAUCUUGUGGCGUAGGAAAAAUGACUAGGUGGCGCCACUGUGUCUCAAUGGGAUGCGCAGAUGGAGAAAAAGAAGCUCAAAUUAAAACUUGCACCAAAGAGCCUUGUUCUUAAAUUUCUAAUUAAGCAUGCAUAACUUUAAUGGACACGAUUAAGUAUAUUAAUUAUAUAUACCACAAAGUUAUACAACAUACUUUUUUAUUAGCGA